UCUCUCUUCUCUUCUAGCAACUAUCAUGUUACUUCUGUUAAUCAGUGCCAUUAACAUAUCUUCCUCAACUAGAACUCUUGUUAAUCCAACUCCUAAUCACUAUCAUGGCCAUCAUAAAAUAACAUUUUUAAUGCCACAUAUGCUAAAUGAUACACACCCUAAUAAUAGUUCAGAGAAACCUACCACUAAGGUCACAAAUCCAAAACCUCUAGAAUUUUCACCUCCAAAUGAAGUGAUACCUAUUCCACAAUCAACUCAAACACAAACACUUGAUCUUUCUACCAUUGGUUUCUCUUUUCCUACAAGAGCAGCAUUUCAAGAGCUGGAAUUCGGAUCGGUAACACCGAUCGACGAGGAGCUACUAGUUGAAGGUGGCGAUGGAGAUGAACUAAAGAAACUUGGAAAAGCACGAGGGGUGUAUGUAGCUAGUGAAGAAGAUGGAAGUAGUCAUAUGGUGGCUAUGACAGUGAGUUUUGUGAAAGGUGAGUUCGAAGAUGGAUUGAGACUUUUUGGAGUUCAUAAGAAUGAUGUUUUCGAGUCACAUGUUGCUGUUAUUGGAGGAACUGGAAAAUACUAUGGUGCUAAUGGUUAUGCUGUUGUUAAGGUUGUUGAUAAAGUAGGGUCUAGUAAAGUAGAAGGAAAAGUUAUAAGUUCUAAAUUCCUUCUGUUUGAUGUGUAUUUUAGUUAGUACUUAUUGUGUUUGAAAAACAGUCGCAAAUUGUGUUUUCUGAUAUUCUCUAUAGUACUGAAAAAUGUUGAAGAGAAGAAGCUAAAAC